AUGACCACAGAAGCUUCUUGUGUUGCUUCCGAACUUAACACUGAAUCGGAGAAGAAGACGUUGUCCUCCGACGCCGCCUUCUUCUUUUUUCGCACCGUUUCUCUGUAUCCUCUCCAUUUCAUCUCGGCAACCGAUACCGUCGUCAAUGCGAAAUCGUCUCUCGAUUGUGAUUUUUCUGAAGAUUGCUGUUGGGCAACGACCAGAGAAGAGGAGCAAUGGGAGAUUCAAAGUGCCGAUGAGCUGGAUUUAAAUGAGUUCAGAAAGAUAUUUUUGACUGGGAAAAGUCGGCCUCCGCCAUCUGGAAACUAUGCGAUUCGAGUGGAGAAUAAAAAGAAGUCGUCACUGAUUUCGUGCGCGGUUUGCAGUGCAACCGGCCAGGCAACCGUUAAGUUUAGGCACUGGCAAAGUGCAAAUGCGAUGCUGAAAAUCUGUUGGCAACUAGCUGGAGACGGUUCUCCAACCACUGAAAACUGCCAAGUCGCUCGUCACUCGAAACAGAGCAAAUUGAACACCUACAAGUUCCGAGACAUCGACAAAAACAAGAAUUUCCGUUUGGUGUUUAUUGUGGAAAACGCGGACGCUGAAAUGGAUGCGGGAAAUGAAGCCACCAUUAUCGUUGACCGAAUUUCUGUCGACUAUGAUUCAUGUGAUCAUGCGCCGACUCAUGAAGUUGAGGGAAAUGUGACGAAGAAGAGGACAAGACAACAUAGUAAGCCUAGACAAAAGGCAAGAUCUAGUGUAACACUGGAAAAAUUGGCACAGAAGAAUCAGAAAAUGAAGGAAAAUCUGAAAAAACAAGAGGACAAGCAGGCUUACCUGAAAAAUGUAGAUCAGCAAAUCGCAAAAGUCGUAGAUGAAGUUAACGCUAAGCAAGCCGCAGCAGCAGCUGCUUCUUUAUCUGCCAAAGCCGUCGUUCCCGCUUCUCCGAAAACUCCAGUUGAUCCACUGACUGAUCUUCUCGGCAGUGAAUUUGUGGACUUCUUGGAUCCGAAUUACGAAUCGAAUGAUGAUGAAGAAAAAGAUGAGAGUGAUUUUGAUACGGAUAUUCAUAUUUCAUCAACAACUACCGCUGCUCCCAAACCAACAUCACCAACUCCGACGUUGAAAUCGGGAACUGCUGGAAAACUACAAGGAAAGAGAGUGGAAACUUCUAAAAAGUCGAUUGACACCAAUGGACAAGUUAUCCAUAAAACAUUGAAACCUGUGGAACACCUCCCUAUCCGCCCAAUCCCAUCCGAAAGUAUUGUCAAGUUUUUGCCAAAGGGGAAACCAAUGCAAGUUCAAGCACAAAAUGGAGUUUUCAGUCUUCCUUCUCAGCAACAUGCCCAAAUCCCACUUGGCAUACCAUCAACGUGCUCGACACCAGGUGGUUGUCUUUUUGAAAAGGAUUUCUGUGGAUGGACAACUCCUAUUGGGGUGUCCAACAAGUUCCAUCUGAAGAAAGGUUUGAAGAUAAUUGAGGUGCUCAGAAAAAAAGUGAAAGUUACAGUACAUGCAUCGAGUUUUGCUGAAGCCAUCGUUCCAACUGGAGAAAUUGCUAUAAUUUUCGAUGCUCUGGAGUUUGCAAUGGGAACCAGAUUGAUUGCUUGUUGCAUAGCAGAUGGACAACUAACUUGUCCGUUCUCCACACCAUCUGAACAAACUGGAGUUCUUUGGCAAUUUUCGAAAUUCGAGUGCCCUAUAAACACAUCCAAGGUAUUCAAAUUACAGUAA